AUGGUCGGUAGUGUGCCGUUUCACGACCGACAUGUGUUCCUGUGUCACAAGGGCCCUGCCAACUGGCCUGAGAACCCGUUUUCGUUUGACUGGGAUUGCAUGCCGAGGAGACUUCGUGCUGAUAUUAAAGCUCGCGAGGAGGAGAUGCAGAGAAAGACGAUGUUUACGGUCUGUGAAGGGAGGGACGUCCCUGGUUCCUACAAUGGGGAUAUUUUGGUCUUCCCUGAAAUGCUGAUUUACAGGUCGCUGACUCGUUUCGAUGUUGAGUGCUUCGUGGAUGAGGCUCUCGUGCAGGAGCAGCCUCGCUUGCUCUGGCCGGAACCUCUUACCGGUUGUCAUAUCUUCGUGUGCUGCCAUGUUACCCGAGACUCACUCUGCGGUGCGAUCGGCCCCCAAGUCGUCGCGAGAUUCCGCGAGGAGAUUGAACGGAGAGGAUUGAUCGACGUUCACGUCUGGCCGUGCUGUCAUCUGUCGCGGAAUGUUUCCAUGGAUGCAUGUGUUGGGAACGUGUCUGUAUUCAAACGAAGCAAACCGUCGUGCAAUAACUGUGGAAGGAGGAGGUCCGAGGGUCGAUUCCUGUCUGGCGCGAAAAGACAGCAGCUUCCUCCAGAAGCUCUCGCUGCAUUGGUAGCUGCUGCUUCCGCUGGGCAAACUGGAGAGGUUCGGGGCGACUGGUACGGACAAGUCAUGCCUGAUGACGUGGCAGACGUCAUGGAGCUCCACGUCAUGGGUGAUUCCGUGGUGGAGCGCCUUUGGCGGGGGAGGAUGGGGCUCUGGCCUCAGCAGCAGGUGGAGGAGCAGGCUGAUCGUCUCGGUUCAAUGCGGUGUGUUUCCGCCGACCUUGAAGCCUCUUCCGAACGUAUGCCCGGCUCGGCUUCCGGUUCGGCUCUUUCUGACGCUGGUUCGGAAUUCUGCUCCUGCGCACCCACAGCCGUCACGCGGUCUCUCUCGGCUCAGUACAUCUCUCCUCAGACUUCUCGCUCCAGCAGCGAGGCGUCGAAAGCAUCAAAUAACAGCCCUUGCGAGUUCGCCAAGUGCGGCGCUGGUGGCGUGGCUCAUAGCCCGUCUUCCACGCUGGACCCCGUUAAUCGGCUCGGCUCGGCGAGCUUCCACAGCUGCUCGUCAGCCUCCUAUUCGUCGACAUCAAUCGCGUCCGCCGAACCUGCCGUUUGCGACGUUCGCGGCGAGGUCAGCGGCGGCGCGUCUCUUAGAACGGACUCAUCUCUUUCCUGCGUCUCCGCGUCUCCCGGCUCUUCGACGCGGUGGGAUAGUUACCUCUGCGGCUCGCCUUCACAGCGAUUCGGUUCUGCUUCUGAGAGUUCCGCUUCUCGCCCAGUGAAGCAGGGGCAACUGGCGAAACAGCCCAGCUGUAACCGGGUAACCAGUUUCCAGCAGAACUUCGCGAAGCAAGAGGCUGAAACCGCUUCAGCUCGGUGGCUCAGUUGGCAGGGGGAGUCGGGUCUCAUAACGGGCCGUGGUGCCAUCGCUGCUGCGGCUGUCGCUGCAGUUGCAGUAGCUGGUGUGUCUACAGUGGUGUACCUAUGCAGGAAGAAAGAUUGA